GCUCCGCUCCUCACAAAUAGAUGCGCAGCGGAGGACGCACACUGCGUGGAGAUGAAACACGCUGCGGGACCCGGAGCUGCCGACCAGACCUCCAGCUCUGUUCCUCUCUGCCAGCGGGAGUCCUCUCACCGUCCGGGAUCAUGUCGUCUGCUCGUACGGCUCUCCUACUACCGCCUUACCGGACCGCAGCUGAGUGAAAGAGAAAGUCCACACUGGAUCUGAACCCUACGCAGUUGUCUCUGGGGGUUUUUUUUUUUGUGCUUUGCCACCGUGGAUGAGAUCUUUGCAUGCUCCGUGUCUGACUAACUCCUGUGGAUUUUCUGGAUCACAUAUUUUGGAUUUAUCCCCGCAACGAGAAGAUAUGUUGCUUCUGUUGCUGAUCAGUCUGGCCGUGUUGUCAGAUGCAGGUGUGUCAGUGGAGGUGUUCCGUGCAGGCGUGGCCCCUCGCUGUGAGAGCCGGGCCUGCAACCCUCGCAUGGGUAACUUGGCUCUGGGUCGGAGGGUCCUGACGCAAACCGUCUGCGGCAACAAUGGCACCGAGCUUUACUGCUCCUACUCCGACCCCAACGCCAACCUGGCCUGCAGCGCCGCCAAAUGCGCCAAGUGCAACGCCGGCCUUCCCCUCCUGUCCCACCUGGCCGGCGCCAUGUCCGACUCCUCCUUCCGCCACCCCAACACCUGGUGGCAGUCGGCGGAGGGGGCGGAGUCUGAGACGGUGCAGCUGGACCUGGAGACGGAGUUCUACUUCACCCAUCUCAUCGUGGUGUUUCGUUCGCCGAGGCCCGCCGCCAUGACGCUGGAGCGCUCGCAGGACUUCGGGCGGACGUGGAGGAUGCUGCAGUACUACGCCGGCAACUGCAGCGCCACCUUCGGGCUGGAGGAGGGGAAGGCGGGCCGGGAUGGAGCCGCCUGCACGUCCAAGUACUCAGGAGCUUAUCCCUGCAACCGUGGAGAGGUGAUAUACCGAGCCCUCCCGAAGUGGGAGUCCUUGGAUCCUUUUGGGGCGGUGGGCCAGCAGCAGCUGAGGGUGACCAACGUCCGAAUCCGGCUGCUGAAGCGUCAGGCGUGUCCCUGCCAGGCCAAAGACCUCACCUCAGCACAGGAAGACCUUCCCACUCGACACUUUGCCAUCUACGACCUGAUAGUGAAGGGAAGCUGCUUCUGUAACGGCCACGCUGAGCAGUGUGUCCCUGCACCGGGAUACCAGCCCAUCAGGGACCGGACCAACCAUGUGGUCCAUGGGAAGUGUGUGUGCAGACACAACACUGCAGGUGAUCACUGCGAGCGCUGCGCUGCGCUCUACAACGACCGACCCUGGCAGCCCGCCGACGGACUGACGGGAGCGCCACACGAAUGUCGGAAGUGUAAGUGUAACGGACACGCUCAGAGCUGCCGCUUUGAUUGGACGGCGUGGCGUGAGUCUGGCCAGCGCAGCGGCGGCAUCUGCGACUGUCUGCACAACACCGAAGGGCGUCAGUGUCAGAAAUGCAAAGCCGGCUUCUACAGAGACCCCCGGCGACCACAGACGGCCCCCGACUCCUGCAAACCAUGCAGCUGUCACCCCAUGGGCUCGAUGCCCUUCCACCUGGCUGACGGUUCGCUCUGCGACCCCUCCAACGGAAACUGCAUCUGCAAACCUGGAGUAGGUGGAGCCCACUGCGACAGGUGCAUGGUGGGAUACUGGGGCUUCCACGAGUACGGCUGCCGUCCAUGCGACUGUGCAGGAGACUGUGAUCCCUUCACUGGAGACUGCAUGUUCAGCUCUGACCUGGAUCUGUACAACCUGGAGGGAAACUCCAGCGAACCGGUGAGGAUCUUCAGAGCAGAUGAACUCUUCUCUGCUCUCCACUACUCAGAGAAGUGUGAGUGCAAAGAGCAAGCCCUGACCAACAGUAAACUCUUCUGCACCAUGAACUAUGCCUACGUGCUGAAGGUGAAGGUGUUGUCGGCCCACGAUAAGGGCUCCCACGCCGAGGUGGAGGUCAAGGUUCAGAAGGUGCUCAGUCAGAACACCAAAGUGAAGAUCCAGCGAGGCCGAGUCACCCUUUACCCCGAGUCCUGGACCGCCCGGGGCUGCACCUGCCCCAUCCUCAACCCAGGGGUGGAGUAUCUGGUGGCGGGACACUCGGACAGAAAGCACGGCCGCCUCCUGGUCAACAUGAAGAGCUUCGUGAAGCCUUGGAAAGCCAGUUUGGGCCGCAAAGUCCUCACGCUACUCAAGAAGGACUGCAACUGGUAGACGGACGGCAGAAAAACACCGGAGGAACUUGGUGACGUUACAGACGAGACUGUUUUUGCCGUGGAUUUUCCUUUUCCCUCCAGGUGUGGAUUGUUAGGUCGCAUCGAGGUCUGGCAGGUUUCUGGAGGAACUGAACAGAUGAUUGAAUCCCUCCGACGAGAAGAGAACACAAACCUAGAGGUGAACUGCAGCGGCUGAAGGCAUGUAAUUUUACCAAGACAUCUGUCUGGCAUCUGAGGGAGCUCUCAUUCUUGCAUUCUUAUGUGGGAUUCAAGCAGAAAUUUCCUUUGCUGUUGCUGCUGGAAGCUGGAGAGGUUGAGGAAUUCAGAGAAACGUCCGAGAGCUCCCCGAACCCUUUAGCAUCCAGUAAAACACAACGGCAGCACUUUAGCCUCAGACGGACUGAGGGGAAACGGACACACAAAGCGAGGAGGAUUCAAUUCUGCAAGCCAUACAAGCCACUACAGGUGGAUAAAUCUUAGCCAGUCCAGGUGUGCCUGUGUUGAAAUCGGAGCGAAUGGGUUUUACCCCCAACGUGAAUGUAUUUGCCUGCCUGCGUUUGUGUGAAUGUCGAGACCAGAGCGGUUGAAUGCAGCGCCACAAUACGAGCACAGUCCAGAUUCAGUCCAGCUCUGAAGCUUCUCCGCACCGCUCCAAUGUUUAUCAUGCACAAUUAUGUGCAUUGAUUCAUCUCAUAUUUACACUCCUCUGCUGAAUUCACAAAAUUCUUCUUGUUCCUUCCUUCCUUGUGCUCUUGUACAGUAUUAUUUGUAUAUAUCUAUAUAAAUAUUAUUGCUCAUCUUCCCCCCGUCUGUUUAAUUGUUUUUUGUACGUGGUAAUAUUAAAGGAAAACUUCAGCUUA